UACUUUCUGUUUCUUUUUAAAAAAUGAUUUUUACUAUUAUUUUGUUCUGAUACUGAUUUGCUUUACAGUACCGUUUAGAAAGAAAUGGAACGUUUCAGUAAUUGACUUGGGCUUUGCUGUGCCGGUGAAAUUUAUUUAAGCACACGUAAGGCGCAAUGACUAAAGACAAGCCUCAGAUGAAACUGCGAGAGCAUCUAGGAUCAUGUAGUCCUGGAGAAGAUGCUACUGAACCAAAUACGUUGCUGCAGAAACUGAGGAAUAAUAUAUCAAAACAUUUGCAGAGUAAAGUAGACAGCAUCCUGCAAGAUGUACAGAAGUUCUCAGACGUUGACAAACUUUACUUGUACCUUCAACUACCAUCUGGACUAAGCAGUGGGGAUAAGAGUGGCAGCCUUGAUCUCAGCUCUCUUAGCACUGCAGAUCAGAUGCAUGCUUGUACUUGGAUUCGUAAUCACCUGGAGGAGCAUACAGAUACCUGCCUGCCCAAACAGGAUGUGUAUGAUGCCUAUAGGCGCUAUUGUGACAACUUAGGCUACCGGCCAUUGAGUGCAGCUAACUUUGGAAAGAUCUUUCGUGAUGUCUUUCCAAACAUUAAAGCCCGGAGAUUAGGAGGAAGAGGACAAUCCAAAUACUGUUAUGGUGGGAUAAGAAGAAAGACUGUUGUCACCAUGCCACCACUCCCAAGUCUGGAUCUCAAAUUAUGUGACAAUUCAGACUUGUCAGAAUUGGUUCAGUGCCACAACAGUGAGGUCAUGGAUGCUGCCUGUGCACUGAUUUGUGACUGGGCAGGCAAGAUUCUAAAGCGCACCUUUGAUACAGUUGUGGAGGUUGCCCAGUUUCUCAUCCAGCAACACAUCAUUAAUCCCAAAUCUGCCAAUGCAAAACUGGUGACAUCGGUAACCAUCUCAGAAAACACUUCUGAGAAAAGUCAGCUGUAUCUUAGAGUUGAUGCCUCAAGCUACGUGGAUGAUUCACAGAGUGAAACUGACCAGGAGUCCAGAGUUACACCUAAGCAGACAGAAAAGAAGAAAAUUCAAGAAAGUCAAAAAUCAGCCACUGCUGCUUGUGUGGAUGUCCUUGUUGCACGUAUGCCUCCUCUUCUACCACGUACACCACUUGUUAAGAACACAGACACAGCUGGAUCUUCUUCACCUGUUCUAACAACAGUGGGUGGAACAAUAAAAGUGGCAACCUUACCCAUGACAGUAGGAGCUGCCACAUCAUCCAUACCCAUUACCUUGCCAGCAAGUAGUACAGGACUAGGAAGCCAGCAGGCUUCAAUGCCAGUGAUAAACAUGCUGGUGCCAAAUGUCCAGAGCACUACUUUGGCUAUCCCUUUUUCUGAAAUUCCUGUCACUGUUAGAAGACUUGCAAGUGAAAGCUGUAGCCCUUGUCCGGGAAAAAGUAGUGAAACUGUUGAAUCUGGUUUAUCUGAGCCACAUAAUGCCAUUGGCACCCACAGCAGAUUACAGAAGCGGACCGCAGAGUCAGCUGCAUCUGUAUCUGACGAGACCAUUGACAAAAAAAGAAAGCGUGGACGUCCCAGGAAGAUGCAAAGUGAAGUGCAGCAGACACCUUUAAGCACUGUCCCAUCACAGAUAAAUAAAGAAGUGUCUGACAGUGAUAACUCUCAAAAGCAUUUGGUGUUACCUACUGGUGCUCCUUCUGACAACACAGCAGAUUCAGAAAUUGAAGCAGUAACAUUAGAUGAUUCAUUGAACGACAUGACUAUUUGUUCAAGCUCCCAAAAUGCCAGCAGGGCAGACCAGACAGUGAUUAAAGUCGCUAGGGCUGGUGAUGGUUCUUCGUUUAGAUCUUCACAUAAUACAGAAGCUGCACAUUUGGUUAUCACAGAUGUAACCUCAGGAACAGCUGCUGAUGCUUUAUAUUCAUUGGCUUGCAGUAGCAAGCCAGUCUUGGGAAAAGUAACUGAAGCAUGGAAUGCUUCAGAAUCAGUUGCACAUACAUCAGAUUUAUCCUUCCUGGAAACAACAGAGCUUGCUGUUACAUCAGUGCAUAAGGAAGACAACAGUGAUGGAAUUUGUAUUGAUGAUUCUAGGGUAGAAAGUUCUGUGAGGGAGAUGACUCAAAACAGAAGUGAGGGUGCACACGAUGUAAUAGCAUUUACAAAAACAGUUCCUUUAGAAAGCCAAGCUAGCCCUAUUAGUGAAAUCUUGAUAUCCUCCCAACUCGUGGCGAUCCAAGAAGAACAUAUUGAACAGCCAAGACUUAAAAAUGUUAUCGUUACUAGCCAGAGGAUGAACAGUGCACAGGAAGCUGCACAGAUAUCAGCAGAUAUAAAGUUAAAUGAAUCAACAUCUGUUUUGGAUAAUCAGACAUUAACAACAGAACAUCAGGAAAAAUACUCUACAGUGGUUUUCGGUUCUGCUGCUAGCCAGUUGCCUGCUGCAAGACCAAGCUGCAUUAGCAUACCCAAAAUUUCAAAGGCUCUUUGUUUUGACUCAGACAUUGAUCCAAAUUCUUCAGCAGCCAGUGUGGAAGUGUCCCAUUCUGAGCCUUGUUUAUCUACAGUGGAUGUAGAGUGUGGGAAGCCAGGUGCAGAUCUUGGUAAUGUAGAUAAAAAAACAUACAGUGCUUUCAUUUCACAAGAAGCUAAUAGCAUGGAAACAGCUCAGUAAACGUGGAGAUGUUAUUACUAACAUUUACGCUUGUCCUUCUCAAAAGAAAUAGCUUCUGGCAGGUAAUUAGGCAUGUACUCAGAUCAGAGAAGAAUAAGCCACCCUCCUUAUUCUGAUAACUCACUUGCUGCUAACACAAGGCUGACAUUUUUACAUCUUAUGAAGCUGUGUUAAAACUCCUUCUGGUCAUUUUAAAGAAAUGUUAUAUUUUCAGUGUUGUAGUAUCACACAUUUCCUGAAGAUCCGAUCUUGACAGUCAUAUUCUUAUAAGGAUCAUGUAUUUGGGCUGUCAAUGUGACUUAACGUGGACAUUUAUGUGAUAUAAUUGUAAACAGGACAUCUUGGGAUACAGUUCCCUCCAGCACUAAAUAUUAUUAUAAUUUUUGAUUAACUUAAUCCUGUGGAGAGCUCUGAAAAUUUUUUCCAGCCAUUAUUUCUGUAACAUGGCAUUGAUUUUCCUGUUUUCUCAAAAGUAUCUCCUGUCAAAAAGAAUAUCUUCUCACUAUGUGAACUUGAUAAGCACUUCUAACUUACAGCCUCCUAUGUGCAAGAUUUAAAGUUAUAAAUUAACACUGACAGCUUUUCUUUA